UGUUUUUAUUUUCCUUCAACCAUACGGGAUCUUGUCAACAGUCAGCUCCUAUUCAUCGUCUACCAAGUUAUAAAGUGCGAUCAAAGAGGCUUCAACCACAGGCUUUCCUCUGGCAUUCUGUGUCCUUCUGCCGUUAUUGCUGCAGGUCGUCUUCAAAUUAAAGCUCCCGGAUACACCAUAGCACACAUUUCUUGACAUUUCAUGAUGGUGGGUGAUUCUUGGUUAGGAAAAGCAACAAAGUGGGUAUUACUAUUGACUAUUGCCGGGACUUUAUGGAAUCUUCCUUUUGUCAGAAGCGAAACGUGCAAUUCCAAGAAGAUAAGACCAGUUGUCUACAUCACUACAAGUCCAGAAAAUUACAAUCUAACCGUUGGUGCCUCCAUUAUGCUAAUAUGUGAAGCGGAGCCAAGAACAAUAGACACAGGAUAUCUGGAUAGAUGGGUGAAGUAUAUUCAGUGGUACGACCCACAGGAUAGAGAAGUCGGAGCAAAGUGUCAGCAACCUUCAAGUGUAUAUGAAUAUAAACGUCGAUUAAGCUGUCCAUUGGUGCUUAAGAAUCUGACAGUUGACGAAUUUGGCAUCUACACUUGCCAAGCGGGCAAUCCUUAUAAGAAUCACUGCACAAGGCAUUUAAUUACGUUAGGCUCUGCACCAGAAUUCGUGGAGGCUCCAAUGAACCAAAGUGUCACGAUCAAUUCCACUGCAACUUUUCACUGCGCUGCCAAGGGUCUCCCACUGCCAACAAUCCACUGGAUAAAGGACAAUAAGUCCCAUCACAUACAGUCCAACCAUACACAUGUCGCACGUGUUGUUCAAGACGACAUAAACAAUAGCAGCCUUGAAAUAACAAAAGCAAAGAAGAAUGGAAGAUAUCAGUGCAUUGCAAAGAACGUCGUUGGUGUAAAAGAAUCAGGCGUCGCCUUCCUGAUUCCUAAGAAUUUAGAAAAGCUGGAAGACCCAAAAAACAAAAGUCAUUCAACUGGCUCCACCGUAAUUUUCAGCUGCAAUGCCACUGCUCAAUCCAAGCCAAAUAUGAAAUGGAUCAAGAACAAUCCAAGGUUAAAGCUCACUGUAACCCCAGAUGCCACAGAAUGCCAGAGUAUACAAAGCAUAAAGUUCACAAACGAGAAGAUGGAGGAAGUUGAAUGCCGCACAGAAGACCGUUUGACAACUGGAAAGAGGAAGUCAAAAUUGGCCUCUUUACACACAGAGGAAGAAAUUACAGAAACAAGACCGCAAGAAAGCUCAACUACUCAGAUUGCAAUAGUAAUCGCUGCAUCUUGUGUGGUGGCAACCUUGGUUAUCAAUGGUGUUUUGGGGCUUUUGUGGUACAAGCGAUAUAAAGGUGGCAAUAAGCUGGAGGGACAGCGAAACAUCGAGAGGGUUCUUAUGCGCAAUGGCAAAUACCCAACAGUCUUAAUUGCGCAGGAUGCAAGAGAGUACCCGUCGCUCGAAGCCAAUAACAUGGACAGGGUUGAGGAAAAGCUCCUGCUAUGAACAAUGGAGAAUAAUUUGUUUGACAUGGAACCUUGAUGGAACGAGCCAUAAUGACCACAGCUAAUUAAGGAAUUGUUGUCCCCUGGCGCUAUAAACUUUAAAUGAUAACCCACUGAAGUGAAGGUGAAUAGUGAUAGAUACUUACUGAGGUGAGAGGUAAAGGUGUAGUAAUUAUCCACCGCUUUCGCCGAUUCUAAGGUAAAUAAAUGUUUUAGAAUAUACCACGCAAAUACCAAACGGUAGUUUAUUUCUAUCCAUCUACUGAAAAAUGGCUGGGAAAUAAACUCUCGAUGCGUCGAUUAGGUCUCUUCCGCUGCUCGGAGGUGUUAAGCUCUUGCUAAUCACUGCCGAACCAAUCAAUCAGCACUCGCGGAAAGCACUAUUCACCGUUGAGGUAUAUACCUAUGCGCAAUAGUUCUCAUGAUUUGCUAUCGCACGAAUUUCUUAAAUUACUGAAUUUAUGCCAAAGACUAUGAUAAUAGCAGACAAGCUUGAAGUCGAAAUAAGAAGAGGCGAGCCAGAUAAACUGGGUUGGAUUGAUGAAGUCAAAGAUUGCAGGAAAAUUUGACAUUAAUGUAAUCUGAAACAGCAGACAUCCACAACUGUUUGGAAGAGGAUCAAGAAAGAUAUGAUACACUACUCCCAAACAAGUCAAACCCACAUAAUGACUCUGUUACGAACUUCUUGUUUUAACAAGUGAAGGAAGCCUCGACUUCGUGCGCUUGACCCAACUCUCUGGCUCAUCUCUCAAAAGGUCGAACAUAUGUGUAACUAGGAAAUGAAGUAAAAUUAGAUAUAAUCAAAUCAUCCUAAAACAGUUUAUUAACUGACUUCAAUAAGCACUCACUCGUUUAAGCCGGAAUCAUCUUUAGCCAAUAGCCGGAGCGACUAUUUCUAAUCCUACAUAAUAUUGUGCGGUUUCUUACAAUUAUUUACAUAGCGAGCUGCCAGAUUCUUCGCCUUCGUCAAGCUUUGAAAUAAAGUGUAUGCGCAUGUAAAUGUGUAUGUAUGUAGGCCCUGGGAAGAUUCUUGUCAGUUCUUAUUGGUUGUCCUACGUUAUAAAAUUAUUUCCCUUCAAUUUAAAAAGUGUCGAUCUAUUAUUACCAUAAGUUCUCGACAAUUUUUCCAGAGUCCCGAUCGAAGUAUGAAAGUUAGAUAAGGUGGUUAGAAGAAUAUCACGACAAGUCUAAAAUUGUAAAACUUUAACUAAUGUAACUUAAGUCGAUUCAAGCUUCAAUUAAAUUUGCUAGCUCACAGUUCUGCUUGAUCUUAAAUGAAUAAAGUGGGUAAAUUUCUAAAGAAA